AUGUAGCGGACAAGCUUUGUUGGUGAGUCGUUUUGGAAACUUGAUAUUUUACUACAGGAACCUGUUUGGUGCAUGUGGCGUUUCCUUUCUGCUGAGCUGGUCUAAGUAAAACCAAAGGUACUGUAGGACACUGCCCAGAGUCUGCUCUACCCAACUGUGUGACCAUGGAGAACAACAAGGACAUAGAUGAUGCAUCGAGUGACCUUUUAAACAACAGCAACAUGUCAACACAAGCCAGUGCAGGACCACAGACACACAGGCCUUCAUCUCCAGUGCCCUACGCUGAGCUCAUGAAGAGGGACCAGUCGUCAGAGCUGGCGCCUCCGGACUUCAGCAGUGGACCAGUUCCAUCAGGUCUAGCAACUGACCAUGCCCCUGUAAGCAGGUCACGACCACAUCUGCUGAAGUAUGCCUGUGAGCUCACACUGGACCCAAACACAGCACACCGAGAACUCUCUCUCCACGAGGGGAAAAAGGUGGUACUCGUGUAUGAGACAUAUGCGUACGAGAAGAAGCAGACGCAUCCUGAACACCCAGAGAGAUUUGACCACGAGUACCAGGUCUUGUGUAGAGAGGGUCUGUCUGGACGCUGCUACUGGGAGGCUGAGUGGAAGGGGAGUGAAAAAAGAGCCCAUAUGGCUUACAUAGCUGUGGCCUACAGAAGCAUCCAGAGGAAAGGGAAGGGCGAUGACGUCACAAUGGGACGGAACACCAAGUCCUGGAGUCUGUUCUGCACGCCUUUCAGUUACUCUUUUGAGCACAACAGGAAACGCACUGACAUACCUGCCCCCUCCUCCGGCUCCAGUAGAGUAGGAGUGUACCUGGACUGGCCGGCCGGCACUCUGUCCUUCUACAGCGUCUCCGCUGAUACACUCACCCACCUGCACACGUUCCGCUCCACAUUCACUGAGCCCCUCUGUCCAGGGUUUAGGCUGUAUUAUCCACCGGCUGGGACUUACUCCUCAGUGUCCCUGUGCCAGAUCACAUGAGCUCCUCCUCCAGCAGGUACAUCCACCUGUUUCCCCGUCUCUCAACCCCCCCAAUCUCUAAAUGGGAAAUGGUAAAGACACUGCACUUAUAUAGCACUUUCAUCAGCUUCUGCGAGCACCCAAAGUGCUUUCCAUAUCAUGCCUCCCCCCCCCCUCUUCUCUGUCUGCUGAUCUUGGCUCUAAUGAUGUAGAUCCACACUCCUGUGCAUACACCUGUGUACUAUAAUGUGAGAUGCUUUUUGAGAUAUUAAUGUAUGUACUGUAUAUAUUAAAUGUAUAGGCUGCUGUUUUGGUGAUGCUAAACAAAAACUGACAUUACUUUCUUUUAUAUGGUUGGUUGAGAAUGUUUCAGCAACAACAAUAUGACAUUUUGCUCUCUGUAACGUUUGGCUUUAGCUUCAAUUUCUUUGAAAAUGAUUUGCUGAUCAGUUGUUGUUUCAGUGUUUCUAAAUGUACUAGCAUAGAACUGUAAACCAUGUUUUGUUUUUCUGGCUUAAAAUAUGUAAAUAAAAUGUGUUUCUGACUUAAAAGUCUAAAUAAAGGUUCUGAAAGGACAUGUGA